AUGUCUUCUUCUAACACUUCAAAUGCUACAACACGUGUAAACACACGGAAUCUAGUUGGCUCUUGGAGAAAUAAUAAUAUUUCAAAUUCAGUAGUAAAAACUUUGGAAGAAUAUGAAGAUAAUUUAAAAAGUGUUGCAACAGUUACUACCGUUCAGGUUAGUCCGGAACAAUUACAAUUAAGAAGUUCACUUCAUUUUAUGAAAAAUGGUAUUCGUCCUGAUCCACGUAACGAGAAUGGAGGCGCAUGGUUUUUUAAAGUUAACAAAACAAAUACUGCGGUGGUAUGGCGUGAAUUACUUAUGUUAUUGAUUGAUGAUGAUAUCUUUGGUAUAUCAGUAUCUUCAAGAUAUAAUUCAGAUAUUUUUACUAUUUGGAAUAAAAAUUCAAGUGCGAAUGAGAAAGCAACAGUUAUUGAAAAAUUAAAGGAAACACUAAACCCCAUUGAAUUACAAAGUCCUUAUUAUAAAGCAGUAUAUGUAAAACCAGGAACUGUACCAGAUUUUCUACCAAAAAGGCCAAAAAGAUUUGGUCCUACUUUAUUUGCUCCCCCACUUUCAACUGUAUGA